GCGAAUCACCUCCACAAAAACCAUACCAUGAUCGCAUCAUCCAUCAUUAAUGAAUUGAAGCCCGACGGCGGCGAGCUCGUGGUGAGCUGGACAGAUGGCCAGACGCUGCGCUUCCACAACGUGUGGUUGCGUGACAACUGCCACUGUGACGAAUGCUACUACUCCAUUACCAAGCAGCGGCUCUUGAAUAGUGCCAGCAUCGAUGAGAACAUCCACGUUAAGUCUGUAACUGUGGAUGGUAGUGGCCCCGCCGCCACUGUACAUAUUGUGUGGGACCAGAACUCGCAUUCCAGCACCUAUCCCGCCGCCUGGCUCCACUUGCACUCGUACAACCCGGUGUUGGUGCCGGUGGACGAGAAGAUUGGAGGCCAGAAGCAAACCCUCCAAAUGGUUCACUGGGACGUGCAAACCAUUGAGAACUCAUUGCCAUCUGUUGACUACAAUGUGGUGAUGGCGUCGACCGAUGAUACCGAUGCCGAGCACGCCAUUGCCGACUGGGCCCUCAAAAUUUGGAAGUACGGCUUCUGUCUCAUCGACAACGUACCGGUGACCCCCGAAGACACGCAGGCAUUAUGUGAAAAGUUGAUGUAUAUCCGGCCCACACACUACGGCGGGUUCUGGGACUUCACCAGCGAUUUGUCCAAGAACGACACUGCCUACACCAAUAUCGACAUUCUGUCACACACCGAUGGCACCUACUGGAACGACACCCCUGGGUUGCAGUUAUUUCAUUUGUUGCUGCACGAAGGUGAAGGUGGCACUUCAUCGCUCGUAGACGCAUUCCGGUGUGCCAAAUUGUUGAAGGAGCGGGACCCGGACAGCUACGAGGUUUUGACUCGGAUCCCGGUGCCUGCUCACUCGGCUGGUGAAGAGAAAGUGUGUAUUCAACCGGACAUUCCCCAGCCAGUUUUCAAGUUAGACGGUCAGGGAAAGUUGGUACAGGUCCGGUGGAACCAAUCGGACCGGUCUACCAUGGACAAUUGGGAGAACCCAGCGGAUGUGCCCAAAUUUUAUAAGGCCAUCAGACUGUGGUACGGGAUUAUCAGUGAUUCCAAAAACGAAUUUUUCUACCAGUUGAGACCGGGCCAGUGUUUGAUUUUCGAUAACUGGAGGUGUUUCCACUCCCGGACAGAGUUCACAGGGAAGAGAAGAAUGUGUGGGGCGUAUAUCAAUCGGGAUGACUUUUUGUCGCGGUUGAAGUUGUUGAAUUUGGGACGGGAUGCGGUAUUGGAGUCGAUCUAGCGGUGAUGUGUGCGCUUGUGGAUUGCCGAAUCGGGAACGCGCGAACCGCCAGGUUGGAUCUGUUUAACCGAUGCCCCCACCCUAUCAAUGCUCACAACUCAUCACAACUCUCACUCUACAACAUCAGUUCCUCUCAACAAUAUAUUACUCUAUAUAGAUUCGGAAAUUUUAUGGAGUCCUCAGAAAAUACAGAGGUUUGGUCCAGCCCAAUCCUUUGGAUCGUUGAAUCUCAAGUUUCUCUCCAACUCUCUGAUGGCAUCAAAGUCCUCGUCAGUCAAAUUAAAGUCAUUGAACUCCAAGUUCUCCUUCAAUCUGUUAGGAUUGUUGGACUUUGGAAUCACAGCAAUGUUUCUCUGGGUGGCCCAUCUCAACAAAACCUGAGCACUAGUCUUACCGUGCUUAUCAGCGAUGGCAGUGAUGGUGGCGUGUUCAAGCAAGUUAGGAGAGCUCUUUGCUGCGGGGUUGUCCAAUUCAAGGUAACUGUUACCACCGAAUGAUGAGUAGGCAGUGAUGGCCACACCCUUGUGUUGGGCGAAUCUCACCAAUUGAGAUUGUUGCAAGUAUGGGUGGUGCUCAAUUUGUAAAGCAGCUGGCACAACUUCAGCCUGCUUGAUCAAAUCAGUCAAAAGACCUCCGUUGAAGUUGGAUACUCCAAUGGCCUUGACUUUCUUUCCAGCCUUGUAGAUCUUUUCCAUGACUCUCCAAGUGUCAAUGAUUGGCACAUCAGCCAAUUCGAUCUCUGACUUGGUUCCGAACCCAGAAGGAUAUGUUUCUUCAAAUGGCACGUACUUGAAAGAAAUGGGGAAAUGCAUCAAGAAUAAGUCAAGGUACUCCAAUUGCAUGUCGGACAAGAUUCUGUCCAAAGCCUUUUCAACCACCUCAGGGUCGUGGUACGAGUUCCACAACUUGGAAGUGAUGAAAACAUCUUCUCUCUUGACUAAACCAGAUUCAAAAGCUUGUUUAAAACCUUCUCCAACUUGAACACAGUUACCGUAGUCGGCAGCACAAUCGAAGGUUCUGUAACCGGCCUUAAGGGCAUUGAUAACGGUAUCAGCACAAGAACUUUUGGCGACUUUCCAGACACCAAAACCAGUGAGAGGCAUUUCAGCCCCGGUAUUUAACUUAAUAGACAUAGUGAUAGUUA